AUGCCUCAACAAGAGCUAGAAGUAUUCCAAUGCAACUUAAACCACUGUGUUCGUGCACAAGAUCUUAUGAUCCAGUACAUGGCGGAGUGGGAGGUUGCGGCGGCUGUUCUUGCAGAGCCUUACUAUGUCCCGCCGCAGUCAAACUGGGUAGGCGACAGGGACGGCAUGGUAGCCAUCGUGGCGCCGGCUAUGGGUGGGCUGCCCCUCUCCAGAGUGUCUAGCGGCCCUGGAUACGCAAUGGCCAAACUGGGGGACAUUGUAUUGGUAGGAGUUUACUUCUCCCCUAAUAAACCACUGCGGGAGUUUGAGGCGUACCUGGAGAGGCUCGGACGGGCGGUAGCUGGCGCGGCUCCCUCCCCCAUAAUAGUCCUGGGGGAUUUUAAUGCCAAAUGCGUGGCUGGGGGCUCCCCGAGCACCGAUCCCAGAGGAGCGGCACUCCUGGACUGGUUAGCCGGGCUCGGACUUGAACGCAAUAUGUGUGUCAUCUGCAAAAAGGCUGAUCUGAGCCCAUUCUGGUAUAAUUGA